AGUAAGGCAAUAUGGACAAAGCUCUAGAUUGAUUAAUCUAAUUAAGAAUAUUAUCAAGGAUUAUCCCUACGAAUCAGUAUUUCGUGAAUUUUUACAAAAUGCAGAUGACGCGGGAGCCAAAAUUUUUCGUGUUACAGUUGAUGAACGUUCGAUUAAUCGAAAUGAAUCUUUAUUAACCAAAGAAAUGGCAAUUUGGCAAGGUCCAGCAAUCUGGAUAUAUAAUGAUGCUAUGUUUGAUGAACAUGAUUUUAAUUCUCUACUUAAUAUUCAUGAGGGUGGAAAGCAUCCACAUGAAAGAUAUCUUCCAAAGCAGCGUGGUAUACAAAUUAAUUUUCUUGAAAACAGAAGAUUCAGAACCUUGUUCAGUGAUCAAUUAGCGCCAUAUAUUGGAAUAGAAGGUUGUAGAUUUGACAAAGAAUAUAAAGGAACAUUAUUCAGGCUUCCACUUCGUGUCUGUCAAAGCGAAAUUUGUGAUGAAACAUUUAAUACUUUAGAUAUUUUAAACUUCUUAGAGAAAUUGAAAUUAAAUGCGAUUUCAGAAUUGAUCUUUUUUCGAAAUAUUCAAAUUUUUGAGGUUAAAAAAUUAGUCAAAACUUCACAACCUGAUCAAAUUGUGCCGUUGUGGAAAAUCGAUAUGACUAAUAAUCCUAAUGAAGUUCAGGAAGAAAGGCAUCAUACAGACGAAGGAUUUACUUCAUUUCGUUUAAAUAUAGAAUUUCAAGAUGAUAGUAAAAGAAGUUCCAAGUUAUGGCAGGUGUGCAUUGGAGGAAUUUCUGUCGAGUCUACAAAUUUAACCAAAUUCGCACAAAAUCAUAGAAUGUUAUUACGAGGAGGUGUUGCCGCUUCACUUCCUUCACAUUCAACUGAAAGUUCACUGGAUGGACGGUUAUAUUGUUACUUACCUUUACCUCAAGUGACUCAUCUACCAGUACAUCUUAAUGGUGAUUGGGCAAUAUCUUCAGAUAGAUCUACGGUUCUUUUAGAUGAUGAUCCAUUUGCCGAAAUCGAUAAAUCAAAGUUAUCAUGGAAUAGGCAUUUGCUAUUAAAAGUUUUGCCAGAGAUAUACGCAAGAUUUUUAGUGGAUGUCGUAGAUUAUUUAAUUGAGAAUAACAUCAAUCACAAGCAGAUUUUGGAAUAUUUGUGGCCUUUACCAAGUAGCAAAGAAAAACCUGCCGCUUAUGUCAUAGAAUUUGGGAAGGAGGUUCUCAAAAAUCUUCCUAUAGAUAAGCCACUCUUUCGAUCAUCUGAUAGAAAUGGGUCAUAUGUCUCUCUGCAAGAAUCGUUCUUUGAUAGUGAUGCAUUUAUUAUCGACAUACUUUCUAAAUAUAGUGAUGUGAAAUGUGUGCAUUUAUCCUUCGACAUGUUGGAAGAUUUAAAAAAUGCUGAUAUUGAAUUGGCUCCAAUCCCCGCAGAACUGGUUAGGGAAAACCUCCGGAACAAAAAUCUUUCACUCAAGUUUAAUAACGAACAAUUGAUUAAAUUGCUUUUAUUUAUUUUAGAAGACGGUGACUAUGAAGAUUUGCAUGAUAUUUAUUUGAUUCACCUUGCUGAUAACAGUUGGGGCAAAUUUGGUAGACGAUCUAGGCAAAGAUAUAUAGCUACAUCAAAAGAACGUAAAUUGGUGCCAAAUGCAGAUUUAUCCAAUUUUGUGAACGAUGGAUAUCAUAAAAUUGACAAAUUGAAAGUAAUUUUUGAAAAUAUUGAAUUUCAACAAAAAACCAAUAUAAGGAAAUUUAGCGCAGUAUCCCUUGGGCUUCUAUUAAAGUAUGAAAUUCCACUUGGGAAAAAAAUAACAAAUUGGAAUCCUGAAUCGACUGUCACCCCCAAUAAAAUUUGGCUAAAUAAAAUUUGGAAAUAUAUUUUGGAAUCAAACGCUAGUUUGGAUAUAUUUUAUGAAUAUCCAUUGUUGGAAGUUAUACGUCCAACACAAGAAUUGACAUUUCUAGAUUUGAGUCAACCCUUAAUGGAAUUACCUAAAAACGAUAUGUUGCAUUAUGAAGAAUUGGUUAAUAUACUUGAAACUUUAGAAAUUAGAUUUACUGAUCGUUCUUGGGAUGAAAAAUUAAGUGACUAUAUCUAUAAAUGGACACCAGAAUCCGUUUUAAAAUCAUUUUAUAUUGCAGAUCAAAAUGGUAAAAGGUUUGAUUUUUUAAAUAAUAAACUAAAUGCAAAGGUGGUGAGAAAGUUUAUUAUUGAGAAUUGGAAUAAUUUUAGUUUAAACAAUGGAACAUUAGUUAAAGAUGAAUUUAAAGACAUUCUACGCAAGCUACCAAUUUGGCCUACUUUAUGUGGACAACAAUUCGCGAGUCCAGUUAAUGGAUUCCUUCCACCAGAUGGUAUUGAAAUAAAUUCAAAAAACCAUCCAAAUAAGUUAUUCCUCAAGCCUAAAAACGAAUCCUUUAAAAAGAUACUAGUAGCGUUGCAAACACCUUACAUAAACCUUAUUAAUUAUUUACGAAAAUAUUAUGUGAUCCCAAGAGAAUAUCAUGAAGAUCAUAUUAAAUUCAUCCAGAGUGUUUUAAAAUCGAAAGAAUUCAAUCAAGCUGAGAGAUGGAUUAAAGAUCAAGCUAUUUUUCCAAACAGAAAAACGAAGAAACUCAAAAAUGCAAGAAAUCUUUACGAUUAUAAAGUUCAAUUAUUUCAAAUCACUUUUGAAGGUUCUGAUUUAUUUCUUCACGAUGACAUUCAAAAUGAUAAUUAUUGUUUUGAAAUUAUUAAAAGAAUGGGAUUUAAAUAUGAAGUAAACCAGAAAACUUUUCUCGAAUGUGCAAGAGCGAUUGUAAAGUAUAAUCACGAUCGAAAACCUCCGAACAACUUAUUAUAUCGUGCUACAACUAUAGUCAAUUAUCUUUAUGAAAACAUAGAUGAACUUGGUUUUUCUGAUGUAGAAUGGAAUGAUGAAUUGACAAUUGAACCGUUCGUUCCAGCUGAAAUGUCUAUUGAACCUCCUUAUUCGUCAAAUGCAAAGAUCCCCCAAAAUUUUGAAAGCUUUGGUUCAUUGUGUUUACCUAGGUAUAAAACGUUAGCCUUUACACAGAUGGCAAUAUUUCAUCAUAAUGUAGUUCCAAGUCCUACUUCAUCAAUAUUUACAAAGUUUAAGAAUUUUGGAAAACCAAGUGCAUCCGACGUUCUCGAACAUUUACGUGAAGUGGCCUCAGAGUUAAUAAAAUCUGAUCAGUGGGUAUUUGAAGAACGUCUUUUAAGAAGGAUCGUUGAUGAUAUUUAUACUAGACUUAAUGAAGAAUGUGAAGAAAAUACUCUUACAGAGACAGAUUUCUAUGAAGGAGAAAAAAUUUUUUUAAAUAUAUAUACAAAUGAUCCGAAUGUUUUGAAUGAAUUAAAUUGGGUAUCAGCAGAUAAACUAAUUAUUGGUGCUAGCCGAUUGGAUCAAAGCUUUGUCAAACCCAGUCUUGCAAAAUAUGAAAAGUUAUUGAAAACUGCGGGGGCUGACGAAAUAAGAAGGCCAAACGUUUAUGAAUAUAUUCAAGUUAAACAAAAAAAUGAAGACAUAAACUUAAAGGCGGAAAAUCUUGUCAAAUCACUUCAGCAAUUAUUAGAAGCCGAAUCUUGUAAUUCACUUAAUGAUGUAAUAUUUACUAUAGAUCAUUUUAGUUCUGAAUUGCAAGAAAAGUGGAAAAAUUUUGCUGACGAAUAUGGUGAAAUUCGUGCAAAUAGAUAUGUGCUUGCAGCAGUUUCGAAUCACUUCAAAAUUGCAUUUUCAAGUAGUUAUAGAGAUGGAGAUCCAUAUAAAGCAGCAAGAAUUCCUGCGUGUGAUAUCAAUCCUGAAUCAUUCAAAAUCAUGUUAAGAUACUUAUACGCUAUGCCACUUGAUACGGCUAUUAAUCUUACAAAGAAUUUUUUGAAAGCAUCGGACUAUUAUGCAAUAGCAGACUUGAAAAAGGAUACUAUUGAGAAAAUUAUUAGUGAUGGCUAUGUUGAACGUUCUAACGCUAAAUAUAUUCUUAAAUAUGCUAGCAAACAUAAUGCUAACUUGCUUGUUAACUAUUGCAACGAAUUUAUUGAAUUGAAUAAUAAUUUAAUGUAA